UUCUCUCUCUAAAAACACAAAAUCCUGUACAUUGCCGCACCCGGUUUUCCCAUGCCUCUACCGCCUUAUAAAUCUCAUCAACCCCCCACUUUUCCACCAUCAUUUCCGCACACAAUUAAAACCUUAAAACAACUUAACCGGUUUCACAACACUUUCUGACCGGAUCCGAGGUUUCUGAUCGAGUUUCUCUAACUUUUGAUUACGUGUUUUGAUCGACUGAUCGAUGACGAUUGAGGUGAGGCUAGCUGAUGUUAGCAGGAGUAUCAGGAAGAAGAAAUGCUGUCGGAAAACUAGCGGCAAAACGAAACGGUACCUGCCGUAUAUGCGGCCGGUUUCGUAUCGGUUGCAGAGGUUGUAUUUGUCGUGUUUAGAUGUGUUUAAAGGCGUCGGAACUGUUCCGUCUCCUUCUGACGUGCAGAAGCUUUGCUCGAUUCUUGACGGAAUGAUGGCAGAAGAUGUUGGACUAAGCAGGAAUCUACAAUUCUUUAAGACUAAAAGUACUACAGGGGGAGAAAUUCCAAAAGUUGCAUGUACAAACAUAUACCAGUCCGAAAAUUUUUCGUUGUGCAUUUUCUUUCUCCCUGCAAAUGCUGUCAUACCUCUUCAUAACCAUCCUGGAAUGACGGUUUUCAGCAAGCUUUUGCUUGGAAAAGUGCAUGUUAAAGCGUAUGAUUUGGUUACUGAUGAUAACUCGGAUGACUCAUCGUCGCAACUUAAAUUAGCGAGUUUAAAAGCUGAUGGUGUUUUUACGGCCCCUUGUGAUACUUCUGUACUGUAUCCAACUUCAGGGGGUAACAUACACGCCUUCACGGCUAUAACGCCUUGUGCAAUACUUGAUGUGAUGGGACCCCCAUAUUCCAAAAAAGAUGGUCGGGACUGCUCGUAUUAUAGAGACAUUCCGUUCGACGCGUUGCCAAACGAACGAGCGGUUAUGACAGGAGAAGAGAGCAAGCGGUAUUGGUGGUUAGAAGAAAUCGAUGCGCCAAAAGAAUCAGAAAUGGAGGGAAUCGAGUAUAUGGGACCGCAGAUAAUUGAAAGGAGUACGCUAUAAGAAGAAGAAGUUGUUUUUUAGCAUGUUUGGUUUCCCCUCUAAAAGGAUGGAUGUAUAGGUGUUGGUAUAACUGUCUUGUCUCCAAAAGCUUUGUUUUUUUCUUUGUUAAUGUUAAUGUUGCAUAAAGGAAAUGAAACACAUCCUUUUAGAUUCAA